AGAAAGAAUGUUGGCAAGGAUCUCCACCACAUGCAAACUGCAUUUAAAGCUGCUGGGCCCUGAAACUCCAUGCAGCAGUUUGAAACUGAUCCACAGCCUUCCUCCUUCACCUACCACUUGGGGCUAAUACACAGCCAUGAACUUCUAUUGAGGAAAACCACAAAAAGCUUCAAAAAAGCUACAACGGGAAAAAGAGAGCAUUGUCCCAGUUAGCAGGCCACUAGCUUAUUAACUUCCAGUCACCUUGAUUUUUGCUGAAAUGAAGACUCUGCAGUCUAUAUUUCUCCUGCUCCUGUUUGUGCCUCUGAUAAAGCCAGCACCACCGACUCAGCAGGAUUCACGCAUGACCUAUGAUUAUGGAACAGAUAAUUUUGAAGAAACCUUGUUUAGUCAAGACUUGGAGGAUAAAUAUCUGGAUGGAAAAAAUAUUAAGGAAAAAGAAACUAUGAUAAUACCCGAAGAGAAAAGUCUUCAAUUACAAAAAGAUGAGCGUGUAACACCACCACCCCUCAAGAAGGAAAAUGAUGAAAUGCCCACCUGCCUAUUGUGUGUUUGCUUAAGUGGUUCUGUAUACUGUGAAGAAGUUGACAUUGAUGCUGUACCACCCUUGCCAAAGGAAUCAGCCUAUCUUUAUGCACGAUUCAACAAAAUUAAAAAGUUGACUGCGAAAGAUUUUGCAGAUAUACCUAACUUAAGAAGACUUGAUUUUACGGGAAAUCUGAUUGAAGAUAUAGAAGACGGUACUUUUUCAAAACUUUCUCUCUUAGAAGAACUUACACUAGCUGAAAAUCAACUAUUGAAACUUCCAGUUCUUCCUCCCAAGCUCACUUUAUUUAAUGCAAAAUACAACAAAAUCAAGAGUAGAGGAAUCAAAGCAAAUGCAUUCAAAAAAUUGAACCACCUCUCCUUCCUCUACUUGGACCACAAUGCCCUGGAAUCUGUGCCUCUUAAUUUACCAGAAAGUCUACGUGUAAUUCAUCUUCAGUUUAACAACAUAACUUCAAUCACAGAUGAUACAUUCUGCAAGGCUAAUGACACCCGUUAUAUUCGGGACCGCAUUGAAGAGAUACGCUUGGAGGGCAACCCCAUCGUCCUGGGAAAGCAUCCCAACAGUUUUAUCUGCUUGAAAAGAUUGCCUGUAGGGUCAUACUUUUAACCACUACCAAUGCAGCAUAUAAACUAACGUACACUCAUGCAUAUAAUCUGUCUCAACAAUGUCUAAAGGAGCGUAAAUAUUUAAUAUUAACUUUGAGUCCCACUAUGAAGGAAUUUUAUGUUUUAAACAAGGAUGUUCAAAAAUCUUACACAUAACAAGUAAAAAGUAAAAUUGAAUCUAAAGUUCAAAACAAAGCAACGUGAAAAUAUUUAAACAGCAUUACAAAAUCCUUGUAGUUUAUACCAUAGUGCCACUUUGAAAGGUAUGUUUUUAUAUAAAUACUCAAAUUUAAGAAGCAUUAUUUCAAUUACUAAUGAAGUGGAAGGGUAAGUCCAAGAAAUGUUCAACUGCUGGUCUUUCUUGGCCUUUACUGGAUCCCUAAAGCAUUUAAGGAAGAUGUUCCAAAAACUUUGAAAAGCUAAGUAUUUCCAGUGAUCUCCCAUUUUUCUUUUAUGAUUCAUACAUUAUUCAUUAUGAAAUAGGAACUCUGUUUUCCCUCUAUUAAGGCAGCUAUUAUAUUUUUACUUAGCCUGAGAAAUAGGGUAUCGUCUCAUAUCUAGGCAAAACUGUCCAAAUAAAGCAUAAUAUUACUCUCUGAUAAAGACCUAAUAGAGUAAUAUUCAAUGUUUCCUUUGUAGUCACACAGUUAAAGGCUUCAGUAAAAUAGUACAAAAUCUUCCUUUUUCUAAAUACUGACAUUCCAAGUCUACCAUAAAACAUUUUAAGGAGCCAAGCAGACCAAAAUCAGUAUGCUCAUAAAAAACAAAAAAAACUUGAAGGUCCAUCCCAUCUCUCAAAAAAUAACUAUAAAGUUCCCCAUUGUAAAGGCUUUCAAAUAUGACAGAUACCACAAUAUAUUUUCUUUUUACCACCACAGCAGUGAGAAUCUCAUUCAUAAAUCUGUUCAAAUGUAAGACAUGAAAACAGUGAAUUUUGUGGUGUUACUGCACACCACCAUCCCCCCGCCCCCCAACCUACAUACAUCACAGUCAUGCAAACUGAUUAUACCUUCACAAUAAGGCUUCAGAGCAACAUUUUCUAAAGACCUGGGAUUAACUGAUCAUUUCGCAAUGUGAAUUCACCUACACUCUAACAGUGAUGACUCAUGAUGGAACAAUGCGGCCAAAGUUCCUAAAAUAACCUUCCUCUUGCCCAAAACCCACUCAAAAGUCUUAGUCCCCACACUACAUCAGGAUUACAUCCAAAAUUAUCAGUGCCUUAGAAACAUGCAUCUGAACUGUGUAUAUAAAAAUUUCCAAUAUUGUUUCCAACAUAAAUCAUACAUUAGAAUCAAGUUGGUCUCCAUAUACCAUUCCCAGAACAAAUAGUUAUUCAUAUUUUUAAGCAUUUGCUUCUGUUUUUCCCUAAGUAGAAUGAGCUCCUAUCUGUUUUUCAAUUUUUCCUCCAUUUGUCAAGGAUGACCUGAAGAUGAGACUUUUUCAUUAAAACAUCUGUGAUGUCUUUAUUAACUCACUUGCUUAUUUUAUUUUGGUAAUUGGUAAUCAUUAACUAUAUACUGCUUUCUCAUUAUUUUGUGUGCAUGCCUCAUUUCUCUGUGACUGAAAGCUCACUGAACGCAUCCAGUAUUCCCUGUAUACUUUCAGUGUGCCUAGCAUAAUAGUAGUGAGCACAUCUGAACUGAAUAUGCAAUGAAAAGUACAAAAUAAAAUUCAUUUAAA